AUGAUCGGAUAUUGUGUGCGCCCAGAAAACGUUCAAAUAUUUCGAAAGUUUUUUCUGCUUACACGUCGUUUAUGUCAAGUACCUCUCAACACUCUACACCGAUUUGCUUUUAGGUACCCUAAAUGGUCUCAUACCUUUGAAAAUCAACUUUCUCUGGAAUUUCGUACGAGACAGUCCGAUGCGCUCUUACUCUAUACGGAUGAUGGUGGUGUGCAGGGGAAUUUCUAUGCACUUACAAUUGCGGACGGUAGAUUACAGCUUGAUUUCAGGUUGGGUGAUGAAUCCAACGAUUUGGCAUCUCAACGUGCCGUUGUUACGAUGCGGGUUGAUGAUAUUCCUGUCAAUGACAACAGAUGGCAUCAGUUAACUUUAUUCCAGGCAUGGGAGAACGUGAAAUUGCAACUAGAUGAUACAGUUCUAUUCAAGAUUCUCAGCCAACAAAGUUUCGUUUUUGGUAACCUGAAGACAUGCUCCGACGUAUUCGUUGGAGGAGUGCCGAAGGAUAUUCACAUGUUGGCUGCUAUGAGUUCACCGUUGAAACGGCAUACGAAAACAUUCGCCGGAACAAUCAAAAAUCUCGUCUACAGACUAUAUCCACAAGGAGUAACCUCACCACAGCUAUUGGAAAGUGUUGGUAUGAGACAGUCAGACGACGAUUACUGUAAGCCAAGUGCAGUUGGCGGCAACAAAGAGCAAUACUGUAAAAAUGAUGGGGUAUGCUACAGCACCAACGACGGUCCAAAAUGUGACUGUUCGCUGUCGGAUUUUGAUGGUCGUCGAUGUGAGCAAGGUAUAGAGCAUAUGUUCACAUCCUCCUAUAAUGAUCACAUCUGUAUGGCUGACUUUUCAGUGAGGCUGGACGCCGAACUGUCGUUUUUUGGAAACGAAUGGCUAGGGUAUGAUGUCAGUAACAACUCGGCAGCAACAAUAAGAUCUCGCUUUGAGAAUAUCAGUUUUGCUUUCAAAACAAUUCAAGGACGCCAAACCCUUUUUUUCAGCGGAGAUCAGCUCGUAGUGAGCUUUUUUCGCGUUCAGAAUUACGUCUAUGUAACAAUUGACGAUGGGUCACUAGUAGCAACGUCGAAAUUUGACGACACUGAGAAACGUCUGAUCAGAAUCUUCAACGAAUACCCGUCGGGCCGAUACGAUGAUGACCAAUGGCACAUGGUCACUGUUACUCGCACACUGACUCUGAUGACGUUAAUUGUUGAUGGAAGGAAGGAUGAAAUUCGACAAUAUGCACCCGAAAUCGAUUGGCUUAAAAAUUCUUAUGCAUUCGUUGGUGGAAUACCGCUGGAAAAACAAUACGAAGAUUUAGAUAAACCGAAUUUCCGUGGAUGCAUGAAGAAGGUGAAAUUCGAAGCGGAUGCGCAUUUGAUCAACUUCAUUAGUCUCGCCGAUCAGGGUUAUGGGCAAUCAGUGAUUCGGUCGGCUGGCGAUUUGGCGUUUUCUUGUCGAAAACCAACCGUUCCACCUGAUAUACUGUCGUUCAAUAGCGGACAGCACUACAUUACACUUCCAAAGUGGAACUCACUUGGUAGUGGCAGCAUUGGUUUUCAACUCCGAACUUACGAAUUGGAUGGACUGAUUCUUUAUCACGGUUCAAAAUCGAUAACUAACGACUCAUCUGAUUACAUCGCCUUCGAGUUGAUCGAUGGGCACUUGUUCUUGAUCAUCAAUCUGGGAUCAGGUCAUGUUCGGCUUCAGACAACAGCGUCGAAAAUCACCGAAGGCACAGUAUGGCAUAGUGUGACACUUGAACGGAUGGGUCGAACUGGCACUGUGAUUGUCGAUAACAUUCGCACGGAUUUCUCAACACCUGGGGUAUCGGCGAAUUUGAUAAUUGAUGAACCAAUCUACGUUGGCGCUGUGCCAUGGCCAGCGAACGAUUCAACACCAUCUUCAUUUCGGUUUCCGUCCACUGUGUGGACCGCAAAUCUGCGACAGGGAUAUGUUGGCUGCCUCAAAAACGUCCGAUUGAAUGGUAUUAGCGCUAACAUUGCGAACGUUUACGAGGAACAGAAAACACUCGUGGAAGCAGGUAUUUCACAAGGUUGUCCCAACACUUUGAACAACGACUAUUGCGCAUCAUCACCAUGCAAAAACUACGGGCGUUGUGAGAUUGGCUAUGCUACAUUCCGAUGUGACUGCUCGAAUUCACACAUGGAAGGACCAACGUGCAAUAUCGAACCAGAGGUCGUUGAACUGACCGAAAAAGGUGGCGAACUACCACCGUUUCAUCUUCCGAAUCCGUUGCACAGUGAAUCCGAAACGAUUGAAUGCAAAUUUCGUACAGAUGAUGAUAAAGGAAUCAUAUUCGACUCGAAAUCGACGGCCUCUCCAUCACAUCGGAUUCUCAUUGCAAUAAUUAGAGGCGAAUUGGAAUUGCACUUGAACUUCGGCGUCACUCAGCAUACUUUCAAUUGGGGCAGUGGUUUGAAUGAUGAUCGAUUUCAUUCGAUCCGUGUUAAAAGACGAGGUGAGAAACUGCUGCUUUUUCUGGAUGGCAAAUGGGAACACAGCUAUUUCUUACCAUCGUCCAAUAUUGUUCUGCAAAUCGACCAGAUAGCCGCUGGCCAUUCCCUGCAUCCAACUGGACUGAGCGAUUUCGUACCGCCACGAAACGAAACAAAUGACGAAAAUUUUUCUGGCCAAAUGAUCAAACUAACCUUCAAUGGAUAUGAUGUGCUGAAGAAGGCCAAACGAAGAAAUGGAAAUUUCGCAGCAAGUUCGAAGUCCAGUGAGGUGAGAGACGGACAGAAGUCAAGGAACCGGAAAGCGAAAUAUUCGGCCGUAUCGUUCGAGACCAACAAAGGACGAGUUGUUUUUGCGGACAGUCGAAUUUCCACCAUCGAAGGUCCAUAUCGCAUAUCGCUCAAAUUUCGCACGCUAGCACCAUCUUGCAUUAUUUUGGUUGUCACUUCGAAUUCCACAUACAGUUUCGGUUUCGGAUCUCGUUUCGAAUCAGUGCUGUCGCCGGUGCUUCGACGCAAACAAACUCUCAGCGAUAUGCGAUGGCAUUCCUUACUGAUUUAUCAAAACGCAAUUAAUGGUGAACAUCACAUGAUUAUUGAUAAUACUAGCACUGUGAUGGAUACUGUUGGUGGACACAUGGCUAAACUCGAAGGACAGUUGUAUCUGGGUGGAGUGCCACCUCUUACACCACUAUCACCCAGGUUAACCAACGUAGUUGGUUUUCGCGGUUGCAUAUCAUCAUUGAGGAUUGGCGAUGAACACUUGGAUGCUUUUGAGGAUGCGUAUGAAAUCGUUGGUGUUACUAAAGGAUGUACAGGUCAGUGA